CAACGCUGGAUGCGGGCCGCCUCACAUCGCAGCAAUGGCCUCCUCCGUGGGACUCUUCCUGGCCUGGAGCCUGCUCCUGCCGGCUGUACAACGGGCAUCCCGCCUCCCCACCCCAAACAACCCCACCUGGGACCCUCCCUUGAGUUCUGCCCCACGGCUGCCUCUGCUGAAUGGACCCUCCCAAGAGCUUCUCCCAAGCAUAUCACCAACCCGUUCAGACCCCUUUGCCCACGAGAUAUCCAGUGGCGACGGGGAGCUGGACAGUGAGAAUUGGGACGGGGCAAAUCCCACAAGCCAUCCUGGGACUCCAAUACCCCGGGUGCCCUUUGACUUCCCUCCGGUGACCCAUUCUGGCUUGGGGACACCUGCUAGUGCUUCUGAAGGAAGCUCGGCUCCCCGCCUCACCACGCAGGGGCUUCCUCAGGUGGAGGGCUUCACUCUGUCGACAGUGGGGCUUUCUAGCGUUCAAACAGAGCCUGAGGUGACCACUGGCCAUGCACCUGUGGAUAUAAUCCCAGAGCGGGGAAAUAAUGGGACUUCUCUCUCCAUCCCUGGUGCUACAAGCCUGGCCACUCCUGGGAUGACCUCCCUGCCCGCCUCAUCCGGGAUCGAGGCCUCGGAUUUACCUGCCUCCCAGGACGAGACCACACACAGCCGCCACCAGGCGGUGCUCAAAGAUAUCUCCAUGGCAACCACACUAGGCCCCAAGCCCACCAUGUCCACCAUCCCCUUGGUGACAUUACCUGCUGAUGGGUCCCAUGUAAAGUGGAUGGCGACCGAGCGUACCGGCCCGAGGGGCGAUAGCGCCACGGGGCAGCUGGGACGCGGGGGUCCGCAGCAGGAGCUGGUGGGCCCAAACCAGACCACCAUCAAAUAUAUGGCUUCGUACAGGAGCACACAGACUUACGGGGGCCCGCAGGGACAGGAGGAGGUCUCAACCACUCCUUUUAGACCCACACAGACGGCUGGAUACACCCAGAGCCCGCUUGGGCCGGGGAGGGACACUGUGCUUGUUCCUUCUGUCUCCCGGGCUGGUACAGCCAUCCCACUGGAUGGGGCCCGGGCCUCCACAAGCUCCCCUCAGCCAGCCUCAGAGGUCUUCCCGAGCCCUUCCACCUCUUCACCGGCAGGGGACAUGGCAGGGACCCCCCAGGGGCUAGUUACGCACCAAGGAAGCACCCACUGGAGCCUGGUUGUCCACACAACGCAGCAGCCAGGACUUUGGGAAGUGGCCAGAACGGAAAAGACUCACUCUCUUGGCGGGUCAGCGACCCCAGGGAUUUUGGGAGAGAUUGAUAUUAACCCCCAACGAGUCCGGGGGGCUGUGAUGCCCAAGGGCCCUGUCACGUACCUUGACUCCACUACUCCUGGACAGGACACCUCUGGGGGGAGGAGCAGCCCGGAAACCAAGCGCCCAGGUGCAGCUGGGACCCGUCCCGCUAAGCGGAGCAGCAGCAGCACCACCACCACCACGUCUGCCCGCCUCCUGGACACCCCCCGCCGUGGCCUGAUCCGGGUCACCACGCAGAGAGUUGUGCUGCACCGUCAGUUGGCCCGCCCCCAGCCCAGCCUGCCCACCGUCCUCACUGCCUCCAGCGCACCUUGCCCCAGCCCUGGGAGCGCCUGCAGCCAGCUGCUGCCCAACCAGACCUUGAUCCGCUGGGGGGACCUCGAGCGCACGCUGAGCUUUGCCUGGGCGCUGCACGUCUACGGCUCCGGCGUGCUCUUCCUGCUGCUGAGCCUGCUGAGCCUGGCCUGCCUGGGGGGCUCCCUCGCCUUGCGGGUGGCUCACUUCCCGCACGUCGCAGCUGCCAGCGCCCUGCUGCUGGCCUUCGGGCUGCUACGCACCACCUUCUUCCUGGCCGACCCGUACGGUGCGAGGGGCCGCCUCCCGGCCGCCGCGGUGAGGGUCCUCUACACGGCGCCCUUCCCCCUGCUGUUCACCACCUUUGCUGUGCUCCUCCUCCGCCUCUUCCGCCAGGCCCGCCUGGAGGUCCUGCCCCCCAAGUGGCAGAGCCUGCCGCUCUGGGCUGCGCUGGGGUCCGUGCAGAGCGCUGCCCUGCUGGCCGCCGACUUGUUCUCCCCUCCGUUGCACCCAGCUGUGCCGGUGGGGCUGCACACCCUAUCCUGCGCCCUGGGCAUCUGCCUCCUGCCCUUCAUGGCCUUCGUCUACUGGCUGCUGCGGCGCAGCGUGGUCGAGACGGCCGAGGGCACCCCGGAGCCGGGCGUCUGGAGCGGAGCGUGGCUGCUGCUGGCAAGCAGUGGGCUGGCCCUGCCGUCCUGCGGGCUGCAGUUCUACGGGGUGCUGUGGCUCUCGGGCCUCCUGGGCCAGGUGGACCUCUUCACCUGGGGCUGGUGGUUCGUGCAGUUCUGGUUCCGGAUCGUGGAGCUGGUGCUCUCCUUCGCCCUCGUCUCGCUCGCCUGGCAGGCCCUCUGCUGGCGCUAUGGCUCGGCCGAGCACUCCUGCUGGGCCAAGCUCCUACGCUACUUCUGCGCCUACCGCAAGGCCGAGGUGCCCGAGUACCCCAACAACUGCUACGACUGGGCUGGAGGCGUCCUGGAAAAGGUCCCCAACAACGACAUCAGCAAGAACCUGAUCCGGAACCCUCCCGGGGGUGGCAGCGGGCGCCUCUGGGCGCUCAAGGACAGCAACGAGCUGCGGGCAGCGGGCGUCCAGGGCUCCAGCCCAUCCCCCGCACGCCCCGUCUACAGCCCCAAGUGCCCCAACGCUGCUGUGGCCAUCAUGGGCCGCUCCUACACCAGCAUCUGCUUUGAGCGGGAUUCGGUCCUCUCCCUGGCGGAGCUGGAGUUCCGGCCCCCGUCGCCCAUCAACCUGAGCCGCAGCAUCGACGAGGCGCUUUUCCGCGAGCACCUGGUGCGCGACUCCAUCUUCCUUCGCUCCAGCCUCCACUUCCCAUCGCGCCUGGCCCGCCAGGACUCCUGCUCUUCCCUGCGCGGCGACUGCUCCACGCUCUCCCACACCGCCCAGCCCCUGCUGUCGCGUCCGCGCCGCAGCAGCGACCCCGACUGCCUCUACAGUUUGGCCCGUGCCAGUUCCAUGGCCGAGCUCACCACUCAGAGCCGCGGCCUGGCCAGCGAGCCCCCGACGGACACCUCCUUCGACAGCUUCUCCCGCACCUCCUUCUCCCGGGCCUCCCUCAAGUUCAGCUGGAACCCCUGGCGCCACGGCCUGUCCUCGCCAGAAAGCCUUCCCCCUGAGGAGCUGCCCAACCAGGCCCAGCUGCUCCCAGACGAACUGCCCCUGGCCCCUUCCACCAGCGCCCCAAACUCGGAGCGCGAGGCCCGGAAGAGCUUCCUGGCCCUCAGCAAGCAGGUGGAUUCUCGCAGCCUCUCGAGUGACACUAUCGAACUGUGAAAAAGCGGCUCGGGAUCCCGCCCUACCUGAGGCGCAGCAACCUGGUUCUUAGCUGAGGAGGUGGGAGAAGGCGGCUCUCCCCAGGAAGACUCCCCAUUUUCCUUUCAAAAAAGCCGCGGGGAGCCUUUUGCCCCGACUUGGCCCAGUACGUGCCACUCACGUCGUGGCCCCCAAUCCGUAGCUGGGCUCCUCUAGUGUCAGCCACAUGAUAAAUAGUACCACCAGCCAGCCAUCCACUCUGACAACCACAAACCUAGUAGCACAAGCCAGUCAUCCGUUCCCAUGUUCUAUAGUGCCAGGAACACCAAGCGCCCGCUCGCCAUUUUCUGUAGCCACCUCUGUUUUCCACCUGUAGCAUAUGGGAAUGGGAGGCAGGCGGGCACCAAGAACUCUGCCGGCUGCAAGAAGGGUGCUGUGUGGGGAGAGAACAGGGCAGGAGGGUACAGCUCAGACGGCACUCUCUCCAAUCCAGCCCCCAAUCCGAAAAGGCUCAGCUUGCCGUUACUGUUUGCGGCAGUGCCCACGUUGUGCCAUAGAAAGAUGCCCUUGGAGGCGAGGCUGAGGAGGGGCAGGAUGAGGGCCUGCCACCGCCGUGAUGGGCCCCCAAGUAUUUGCAGCAAUCUCAGAGCAAGGCAGUGCUGCAGGCUGUAGCUCAGUGGUAGAGUCUGCCCUCUGCAUGCAAACGGUCCCAAAUUCAGUCGCUAGGUCUCUUGCACUAAAAAAGGAUCUUGCACUAAAAAGAGCUGGGAAAGGAUUUCUGCCGGGUCGUAGCUCAGAUACAAAUGAGCUCAGUUCAGCAAUACUGUAUUCUCGAGUCUGUAUAUCUGCACGGCAGCGGCUCAUGCUAUAAAAUCAUUCCGCGAGCCGAAUUUUUCUGGCUCAACAUCCAUAGCCCAAGCCACAGUGACUGACUUGUAGAUGUUGGGAAACGUACAGUGCAAUCCUGCGCAGGUCUACUUAGAAGUAAUCACCCACCUACUGCGUCUCAUUAGAAUUGCUCCCAGGUAAGUGUGCAAAGUGUGCUUUUGAAUUAUGGUGCUGGAGGAGACUCUUGAGAGUCCCAUGGGCUGCAAGAAGAUCAAACCUAUCCAUUCUGAAGGAAAUCAGCCCUGAGUGCUCACUGGAAGGACAGAUCCUGAAGCUGAGGCUCCAAUACUUUGGCCACCUCAUGAGAAGAGAAGACUCCCUGGAAAAGACCCUGAUGUUGGGAAAGAUGGAGGGCACAAGGAGAAGGGGACGACAGAGGACGAGAUGGUUGGACAGUGUUCUCGAAGCUACGAACAUGAGUUUGACCAAACUGUGGGAGGCAGUGCAAGACAGGAGUGCUCUGGUCCAUGGGGUCACGAAGAGUCGGACACGACUAAACGACUAAACAACAACAACAAGUGUGCAAAGGAUUGCAGCCUUAAUCUAGCUUUUUCUAAAAGACAAAACUUGUUUCUAGGUCUCAUGGCUGCUGUGGAAAAGGUGGCAGAUCCAUCCAGCUGGUUUCUUUCCCGUUAGCAAAACCAGAGAAGAACAACAUCUCUCCAUCCCUUUCCCACCAAGCACACGGCUGGGUUAUGCUUCAAUAUGCUAGACUGGGGGGGGGGUCUUUAAUUUCUUAGCUUUAUCGAGCCCCCCUAUCUUCUUCCAUGACUCUGCCCAUGUCUGAUGUAGUCUACAUGCGCCCGUGCUCUCCAUCCCUUGUGUCUUUUUUUAAAAUAAAAAAUAAUCGAAAUUUGCCAGAGUUUGGCUGAAACUCAGAACUUGGCCUGGGUUGGAAACGGGAGAACAUGUUGCAGGACGACCUUGAAAUUCACACGGGAACGCUGCUUUGUCAGAUUGGAGCGAAUAGCACAAUUUUGCAACUUGCCUGGCAACUUACCUCUCCUCCCCUGACAGGGCGAUAGCAGGGAAUGAAAGGAUGGAACUUUCCGGAACUGCGGUUGGACAGGGGUGCUGCCGAAUGUCCAUGUGGUCUGUUUGUGCCAAAAAGAAAAGAAAAAAAGAAAUAAAUAAAGCUGUCGGAGAAUGUUAACCCUGGCUUCGGAUACAGUUUAUUGCCCAGUUUUGUGGGACUUGGAGGGGCUACACAACACACCUCCUUUGUGAGGGAAGAGCGAAGAAGGCCUGUGAGGAUGGAAUUCUGAGGGAAAGCGCAUGUUGACAGUGGAAGCUGGUCCACUAGGGCGAGGAACCGCUCCUGCGUGGCUCCUUAACAACCUGUUCAAGGGGUGGCAUUGCCUGUCAGCCCUUCCUCCUCCUUAGCCUCAGUGUUUCCCUUGUAGAACUCAGGCCGUCAUUGGCUCUGGCGCUACCUACUUUUUUUAAAAAAAAAUAAUAAUUAAUAUUUUCCAUAAAACAACAAAACUGCAGUUACGAAAGAUACAAAACAAGGAAGAAGAAAAAGGAAAGAAAGGGACAACUGAGAUAGGAGAGAGAGAGAAAGAGUAAAAUAAA